GACCCUUGAUGGUUCCCUUCUUACUCUGUGCAGAGAGAAAGGACAACUACCAGUUCAGUCCCAGGGGGAGGAUUAAGAGCUGGGCUCAGGACCUGGCCCUUGGGAAGGCUGCUCACACGUUAGUCCUUCUAGUGAUGAGUAAAACUCCCAGCCCUCUGCACCCAAAGGCCCUAUACUCCCUGCAGCGCCCACCCCCACCUGUCCGCCCUCCUCUCCUAACAUCCCACACCCUGUUCUCCCUGGGCCUUCUCUGGCCAAGCAUAUCCAGCCGCAGGGGCUCUGCCCUUGCUGUUCCCUCUGUCCUCAGACAGCAGCCCAGCUAGAUCCUCACUUCUUUCCUGUUUUUUGGUUUAAAUGUCACCUCCUUAGAAGGGCCUUUCUAAACCACCUGAUCUAAAGAGACCUCCCCUUUUUACUCUCCUUUAUUUUUCUUUUCAGCAUUGACCUACACAUACUUAGAUGUUGUUCAUUGCUUAUCUCCCUUGCCAAAUGAUAAGCAACAUGAGGGCAGGGAACUCCUGUUCAAAGUUCCCUGCUGUUUCCCCAUCACCUGGUACAGUGCCUGACAAAGACAAGGGACUCAGUAAUUUCCUGUAGAGCUAAUGACACAGUCAGAAUAGUGUUCUGGGAACACAUAGUGGGGCAACAACAAGUCAUAGCAUCAGAUGAUAUAAAGACAAAGUCUGAGCUGGUCUUGAAGGAUAAAUAGGAGAUUUCCAAAUGGAUGGAGGUAAGAAAAGGUGAAGGCAAACAAAAUCUCACUGGCCUGGGCAUGAGAGAGCAGCACCCUGCAGAUUGUGCCAGAGUGAGGACUAAUGCCAGGAUGACAUUUCAUGCAUGCAUUUAUUCAUUCAUUCCAGAAAUGCCUAUUGAGUGUCUCCUGUGUGACAGUCAUAGUUCUAAGCGUUGGAGAUACAGCCAUGGGCACAGCAGACGAAAGGCCAGCCCACCCUCCCCAGGGGUUAUAUUUUCGUGGGGGAGCCAGGCAGACAAAUAAAUUAUCGCAGGAGUCACUGGAGAGACACAACCACGCCCUGAGGAAGGAGAUCCAGGGCCUGCAGGCUGAGCUGGAGCGCUGGAGUCGGACCCUGCGCAUGCAUGAGUGCCUGUGCCUCAUGGACUGUGCCUCCAGCUUGGCUCCUUUGCCCCCCGGCAGCUGGGGCCAGGCCAAGCGGCCCCUGGACCCAGUGCCCCAUGGACAACAUGGCUGCCAGGAGCAACCGGGCCUCUUUCAGACCCAAGCCUCCUCUCCCUCAUCUCAGCAACUCUCACCAGAUCAACAGCCUCAUGGUUCCCCUGGCCUCCUCCUGUCCCCUAUGCCCUCACUGUCCCUCAGCUCUACUACAAUCACUGUACCUCCUGCCCAACUGUCCCCCAGCCCUGUUCAAUCUGCUUCACCUUCUGACUUCAGCCUGCUGAGACCUUCCUCCAAGUUCAGUGCCCUGCUGCCUAGCCCCUCAGCCCAACCUGCCCCCCAAGAGCCCCUUAGGCCAGAGCACCCCACCAGGGGGAAGCUGGGGUCUUCACUCCACAGUCCCUCGGCUGCUCCGGGGCUGGUGUGUCUGCAGGACAGGGAGCACAGGCCUGCCUUCUCGGCAGUGAAUCAGCAAGGGCUGGGCGUGGGUCUCAACCCCCACCCGCUCUUGGCCUUCCCCCUGCUUCCCUCGGCUCAAGUCUACUUCUAACCCAGCCCCCUGGAACUGGGCUGGCGCCUUCCUUGGGCUCAGGAAGCAGCCUCAUCAAGCAAGCAUCUCCUCCUCUGCCACUGGAGGCUGCCGUUCUGG